AUGGCCCAGAACUAUCAGGACCCAUAUGCACCAAAUUACAACUAUAAUAAUGCAGGGUUCCAAGAUCCAUAUUAUGCUUAUGGCGCUCAGCCUGAUAAUCAUGCCCGUUACGACUCCAGCGGGUCUGGGGUCGUAGGCAACAGAAGGUCCGCCGCCAAUUCGACAUACUCUAGCGUGGAGAAAAGGAGAACCGAAGCAUUCCUUGUUGGGGAACCUCCAAAAAAUACUGGGGACCUCCGAAUCUUCAGACACGAGGUACACGGGAACCUCUGGAGAAAGGGCGGCAACGCACGCACAAUUGGACGAUUCUGCUGUUGCUCUAUCAUGACCUUACUCGUCGUCAUCCUCGCUGUUGGACUCUCAAUUGCGAUGUGGCUCAGGCCUCCGGACGUUACAAUCGGUAACAUUAGCCCUCCGACCAACGGGAGUGCUAUCGAGGCCUCGAGUACCGAACUGAAGCUAAAUUUUGCACUACCAAUCGAAGUCAAGAACCCAAACUUCUUUUCUGUUACCUUUGAGCAGAUCAAGGCAAAGGCCAUCUAUCCUGUCAAUAACGUCGAAGUUGGAGGAGGCAGUCGAGAUUACAUUACAUUCGAAACCAACUCUGAUACAUCCUUCAACUUUCCGUUCAGCAUUGUCUACACCCAGUCCAAAGAUCCCGACGGCAAGGUUCUGAUGGAUAUUGCUAAUCGCUGCGGCUUUACAGGCAGUCCGGAGCAGCCUAUCUCAUUGAAAUACUCCAUCACCUUGAGGAUCAAGAUCUUGGUCUUUAGCAUUUCUCCCUCGUUCGAUGGACAGACAUCGUUCAAAUGUCCAUUGCAGAGAGAUCAACUUGCGCCUUUCUUGGGUGGUUUACUUGGAGGCUCCUAG